AUGGGUGAACAUGAACACUUCCUUGGCUGGGGUUAUCAGGUGUGUCAACAGUAUUACUCUCAGGUGUCUGCUGAUUCAGAAAGAGCUAACAAGUGCAUACUCACAACGAACCAGAGCGCCCACAACUUCUUCAAAGUUCCCCAGGUUUGUACUUACUUUGAAGGUCGUGAGAGAUUCUGUAGUCUAACGAGAGUGUAUUUCAAGGAAGCAUCUGCGUGUGUUAUCAUGUUUGAUGUCACGUCUAUCAAGUCAUUUCAGCAUGUAGUCACUUGGAAGAAUUUGGUAGAUUCUACAGUCUCCCUACGAGAUAGGAGUCCAAUACCUUUUCUGUUACUCGGUAAUAAGUCUGAUCUGGACGAACAUAAGGUUUCGGAUGAAGAGAUUAAAGCAAUGUCUGAAGAUCAUAACUUUGUUGGCUGGAGCAAGAUAUCAGUCAAAGAUAACUACAAUCUUGAAGAAUCCAUGAUGCUCUUGGUCGAGGAGGUUGUAGCGAGGCUUCAGCCCAGAGUUGCAGAGUUUACUAUCGAUGACGGGAGGAUUAAACUGCCUCAUACUUACAACAAACAAAGCAAGUCUCUUCCCAACGCAGUCUAAGAGUCCCUGCACAAGGUGUCCUUGCACAAGGUGGUCUGCCCCAGGAACAGUGACCUUGAGUAGGGGCCCAUAGCACAAGCUAGCUCACUACCAGCUCUGCAUGUCUAAGACAGUGACCUGCUUAUCUCAGUCUUCUUGCCCUAAUCCUGGUGCCAACUCUCGGUAGGCCACCAUAGAGUUCCAGGUUUGUGACAUGCCUCUCCCAAUGAAUCUGUUUAACACAACGAAGCAUUCUUGUAUAGCAGCGAUCCAGUCUCUUCUCUAGACGACUGGCCAGUGUCCAGGACUCACAUCCGUACGGCAGUACUGAUUCCACAGUGGCAGUAAAGAACUUCACCUUCAGGGACUGGGACAUCUGACUUAACCAUAAUGUUCUUCAUGGAGUCGAGUUCCUUUUAGGCAAGAGUGAUACGACAUUUCACAUCUUUCUCGGUGUCAUUAACCCACGAGCCCAAGUAUUUGAAAUCUGUUACCGAGUUCAGCUCAGAACUGAUGGUUGUCUUUUAGGGAGUGGCAGUGGUCUGUUAAAUAUCAUGUACUUUGUCUUCCUGGUGUUGAGAAAUAGCCCCACUCUGGCACAUUCGGUCUCUGUUCUUUGCAGAAUCAGCUGAGCUUGCUCAAUCUCAUCAGAUAUCAGAACGAUGUCAUCUGCAAAAUCAAGGUCUGUGAUCAUGACAGGAGCCACUCGUCUGCUCCUCCUAUCAACUGUUCCUCCACUUCUUCCUGGCAAGGAUAAUUGUCAAAGACCAGUCUUCUCAAUUGGUGUAUCUUUCCGAUGCUUGAUUCCGAGGUCUCGAAAUCAAAUUCGUGGAAAAUUACUUCUUUCUCAAAAACUAUAUGUUACUUCAGAGGGAAUCUUUUCUCACAUUUUUGUAGUCUAUCAAGUAAGGUUUUAUGCUAAAAAAAAAUUGAUGGGAGACUUUUGGGCGGUCCUUUUUAAUAGUUCUCGCCAGUACGGGUACAACAGUGAGCAUCUGUGUGCACACUUAUAGACAUUAAAAAGGACAGUUAUGUCUGCAGCUGCCAACGUCUCAAAAGUUUCGCAUUAUUUGUACAUACAACGUUGUGUGUAACUUGUAAAAAUUUAAUUUAAACAAUACCGCCUUACUUUUGUUUACAUAGAGUGACCCUGAGAAUUUCAGGCACAACAUUUGGAAAUUAUUGAAUUUGUACCAUUUCCCAAAAGCAAAAAUGUGAUGAAAAUCAUUCAGAGAUGGAAAUCAUCUUUACUUGUAUAAUGGUACAUGUUCAUGUUUUGUUCUGUCGAGCUGUAAACAAUUUGUGAUACAGAAAGUUUAGGCUCUGUGUCUCUUAAAUCCGCAUCUUCAAUACUCCACUGAUUUAUUUUGUCUUCUUCUGUUUUAGAGAAGAACCUUUAUAUGAGCUGAAAGCCUGGUUCAUACUUCCUGCGAAUGCGAAGCGAAGUUCCAAUGAAUUUGACGUCACAACUCUGUUUAUGCUGCAAACAUUCGCAAGAGUCAAGCACAGCUCAACUCUGCGAAUAAUUCGUUGCAAAUUUCUGAUGUCAACAUUCGCAUUCGCAUAAAGUAUGAACCAGAAAACUGUAUUAAAGCAGUUCUUUAAAAUAAAUUAGGUAAAUCCAUAUAGAUGCUACUCUCUGACAUUUCCAUUUAUACUGAUAAAUAUAAUAAACAAUAUUGGUAACUAAAUCUAACAAUGCAUAUAAACAUAUAAUUGUAUAGGAAAACCCCACUCUAUGAAUGUAGGAGUAACUAAGGCAGCUUUUAAAAAACAGUAUAAAAACUUAUUUUAGUUUGAUUUUGAAAGGAGCUGCCCUUACACAGUCCGCUCUAUAUAAAGUUUUAUCAAUAAGUAUCGAUAUAGAACAAUAGUAUUGAUGUAAAAUUUAAAAUUAUUUCUUCAAUAAUCUUGUAUAAAAUGGUAUUGCUGUUGAAAUAA